AUGUCUGAAGUACAACCAUCAAUUCAUGUUAGGAUUCAGAUUUUACUACUUCUGUCGUUGUUUGUUUUAUAUGUUCAAACAUUCGUUGAAUGCAAUUCGCCAUCUCAAAGACCAUCAACAUUUCCUUUUUCGUCUUUUCAAGUCAAUGACAAUCGAUGUUGCACCCAUACUGACGGCUCCUUUGUCUAUUGCGAUAUUACUCGAAUAUGUUGUAAAAAGUACUCAUCCAAUGCCUGUUCUCAAUACAAUUACGAAUGUUGUUCCAUUACUUCUAAAUGUGGAAAUCAUGGAUGUUAUGACCCAACGUUGAAUUCUGAGAGCAAGUUGAAUUCAGAAACUGUGUACGGUCUCUCGAUUGGUCUUCCUUUUGGUUUUGUUCUUGUUAUCUUGGUCUUGUCCGUCUGUGCCUAUGGAUCAUUUCGAAAGAAACGAUUGACAAUUCAAGUUGCAACCCAUCAUGUCACAAUUCCAGAGAAUCAACAAACGAUUGUUCCACCUCAAUGCCCUCUGCCAACAAUGGCGCUGUCGACUGUGGAAAUGAUGGAUCUUCCUCCAUCAACGGUGACAUCUGAAAAUUUACCACAACCACUGCCCUCUGAUCAAACAGCAAUUCCCUACACUACCAGUCUCGUGCUUCAACAACAAAUGAUAGAUCCGUUGUCUCCAAUGGAUUCAUCGCACCAUGACAUUGCAGCACAUCACAUAUACUUCAAUAAUAACAUGAAUAACAUUGUUUAA